UCUUUCCCCUGUGUUGUUGUCACAAGAGGAACAAUGUUGUUGCUCUCUGCUCGGGUGUUGUGUGACCAGUCUGGAGUUUAACCCGAAAAGUCACGAUGUGCCACUGACCGCCUCUGAACAUCAACAAAAUACUCUCAUGUAGCCAAAACGCCUGGAGAAUAAAGCAUGGAGGUGGUGGACAGUCCUGUAAAUCUCGCCCAUCAGCAGUGCAGGAAGGCAGACCGCUUGCUUGCUGCUGGGAAAUAUGAAGAGGCUAUCUCUUGCCACAGAAAGGCUGCAGAACUGCUGAAGGAGGCCAUGAAGCUCACAGAGUGUGAACAGGCUCGUCUGUCUUUAGAGCUGCAGCGAGACAGCCACGUGAAGCAGCAGAGGUUGAUCGAGGAGCGGUGGAAGCGAGCAAGGCGAGAAAACAAGCCCCGUGUCCUUCAGGUGCUCCCUUCCUCGUCCUCAGAGUCAGUGUCUCACGCUCAGCUGAGCUCCUCCUCCUGCCCUGAGCGCGAGUACGACACCUGGCUGUACCUGCUGAGAAACAGAGGCUCCUCCGGCGCCGCACCCGAGCUGACCCCGGGCACCAAGGCCCACAAAGACGACAAGACCCGCCUGGAGGAGCAGCGCACCACCAUCGAGGACCUGAGGCGGCUACUGGAGCGCCUAUUAGGGGAGAACGAGCGCCUGACUCGGGAAAACGAGCGGCUACGUCAGGAGAACGCGCGUCUGCGCAGGGAGAGCGACGCGGACGCCCAUCUGGUAGAGAGCUCGGAGCUGUGGCUACUGCCUUCAGCACCUGACCAGCGCAAACCUGCAGGCAUCACCAUCCCUCACCUGCCCCCACUCGAGAUGCCCCCUCACGAGAUCCCUCUGGAGGAGCUGCCCGCACUCGAGCUGCCCGAAGACAUCCAGCAUGAGUUGCAGGAGCUACUGGAUGGAGAGAAACUGUGAGCAAAUAUGCGCUCAUCAAAGGGAAAAAAAACACAAUCGGACGGGCAUCGGCGUGGUCACACCGCCCGGGUGUCUGACCCUGGUGUCGGUGGCAUAAACGGCUUGUUUCUAAGCAUCAGAUGCUAAUUUUUUAUUUCUCCGUCUCUCUAAUGAUCCUAGGUACUGCAGCUAUUUGAUACAAAAAAGGACUUUUGCAGGUCUUGUGCCUUUUUUGAGUAUUUCCAAUGUGUAAUUAAGUUUAAAGAGAAAAAAAAUAUCUCAUGGUGGAAGCCGUGAUCGUCUGACUAGCUCUGAGAGCGCAUGACUGAGACGUUUUGGGAAAAUAUCAAAGCCUGGUCUUUAUCAGGAGGAGACCCGGGUGUCUCGAAGAACCCACUAUAUCCCAGACACGGACAGCAAGCACUGUGAACUGUGUGUGUGUGUGUGUGAGAGAGAGAGAGAGAGAAAGAUCAUGCAUGUGUUUGCGUAGCUUCUUGAUUUAUUUUUUUUUUGUUAGAUUGUUAGACAUGAUGGCAUGUGGAAAAGCACGAACACACAGCUUCACUGCCUCGGAUUGUGUCCCGUCCUCGCCACUGUCUCCUGACUCAAUGCUGUUAGAGGAACAGAACUAACCGGCUCACACCAUGACCCACGAGAGGAGAUCAGAAACCUGUGUCCUGUCUCCAUUUGAACAGUUCCUGUGAUCCAGAGAAAGAAUGAAACACAAAACCAGCCACAACUCGGCAAGCAAUAACACGCUUUCCACUGUGUCUCUCUUCUUCCCCUUCUUUUUUUCUUUCUGGUGUUUGUCUUCGAUUUUUCUGCACAGGAGCCUCAGAUCCAAAUGCACAUCUCAGUGGAAGAAUCUCAAACCUUUCCCAAUCAUUAGAUCAGUUUAAUGUUUGUUUAAUGCAUUGUGUUUUUUUGGGGUUUUGUUUCUCAGAUUGUUGUACUGUAAUCAAGUGAUCACACAGUAAAAUGUUUUCAGGUGAAUGUGUGAUUUUUACUUUGAAUAUGCAGGAAUACUCUGAAUAUCCAUACACAAUCAUACAGGAUGUAACAAUAAGUGGGCUUUAUGCUUUACGUCAAACACUAAUCCCGAGCAAAUCCACUCGUGCCACAUGUGAAAGGAAAAAAAUCUCACCGCUUUUUACUGGGAUUUAGAGACGUCGUGUUUGUCUCACGAAGAGGGAACCAAAUCAUCGUUUUAAUUUAAUGUUUCAGUGUAAUUAUUGUUUUACAGAUGUAAUCCGAGUGCAUCUGAACCUUUUCACUUCCAUUUGUGUGUGUGUGUGUGUGUGUGUGUGUGUGUGUGUGUGUGUGUGUGUGUGUGUGAGAGAGAGAGAGAAGAAGAAAGUCAUGAUGAAAGUGUACCGUUCUGUUCAUGCAUGAAUGCCUGUUGUAGCUCUAAAGUGUAUGAUUGUUCAGAUAUUAUUAUAAAGAAGGAUUUAUGUUACACUUGGCUUGUUUAAUCAGAAUUUGUGUUUUGUAUAAAAUGACAUUGAAGCGUGAGAAGAAAAUAAAUAAUGUAGACCUGGGAAACGGGUUUGUUUU